ACUUGCUCUCUCUCUUUCUCAAAAGAGAAAAUGGCGGUAGCGAUAAUGGUGUUCGCUCCAAUUACCUUUAAUACGAUGAAACGUUACCGUUUCAGGCAAUUAUGCUCAAAGGAUUGGAAUUCUUUCCAGUCGUUUCGCUCAAAGUGUUUGCAGGGGAACUGCGAGGAUUAUGCUGAGAGACGUGGUGCUCACGGUUCUGAUUCACUAGCACAUGGCUUAAGUGGAGAAAGAUUGCCUCUGGUUCCUAAAGAAAAAUUUCUUGAGAAUACACCGGAUGUGCUGUUGCCCGAAAAUACUACUUUAUCAACUCUGGUGCUGCAUUAUGCUUGCAAUGGGUUGUUCUCUAAAGCAUUGGAAAUUUGGGAUGAAUUGAUGAACAGGGCAUGUGUUCCUGAUGCUGAAGUAGUUUCUAAAUUAAUCAUUCUGUAUGGCAGCAUUCAAGAUUUUAGCAUGAUUAACAGAAUUCUGCUCCAAAUGCAACUGAAAGAUGUUAAUCUACUUCAGGAAAUUUUUAGUUUGGCUAUUUCUUUUUUUGGAAGGACCGGGAGGCUGGAAUGCAUGGAAAUUUUAAUUAAGGAGAUGGUCUCAAUGGGUUAUUCUGUGGAUUCAGUGACUGGGAAUGCUUAUAUAUUGUAUUAUUGUGCAUUUUGUUCGCUGGCUGAUGUUGAAGUUGCUUAUGGUCGUCUGAAAAGGUCAAGGAUUCUGAUUGAGGAAGAAGGUAUUAGGGCCAUCGCAUUUGCAUAUAUAAAGGAAAAUAAGUUCUAUGAUUUAGGUCGUUUCAUACAUGAUGUAGGUCUUGGUAGAAGAAAUGUUGGGAAUCUUCUUUGGAACCUUCUCCUACUAUCUUAUGCUGCUAACUUCAAAAUGAAAAGCUUGCAGAGAGAAUUUGUGAGAAUGGUGGAAACAGGAUUCACUCCCGAUCUCACUACAUUUAAUAUCAGGACACUUGCAUUUUCUAAAAUGUCUUUACUAUGGGAUCUGCAUUUGAGCCUUGACCAUAUGAGACAUGAAGGAGUGGUUCCUGAUCUUGUGACAUAUGGUUGUGUUGUUGAUGCCUACCUGGAUAAGAGGCUUGGAAGGAAUUUAAAUUUUGCCUUGAGAAAACUCAACUCCAGUGAUUUGGUGUCGGUGCAGACAGAUCCACUAGUGUUUGAGGUUAUGGGAAAAGGAGACUUUCACUUGAGCUCAGAUGCAGUUAUGGAGUAUAGGAAUAAAAAGCAUUGGACAUACAAAAUGCUCAUCUCAAUCUACCUUAAGAAAAAAUUCCGGAGUAAUCAAAUUUUUUGGAAUUACUGAUGAAUUGAUGAGUAGUCCUCAUUAUCAUAUCAAUCAGAUGCUUUCUGAUAGUUUUCUUCCUGUCAGCUCAAACUCCUCCAGAGAAUUUAUGUUUUCUAUUUUCAGCAGAUUCUUCAGUGACUGAACACUACUGGUAUUGCUAUACAUGCGAUGAGUUGGUGAAAUUAUCUGUAGAAUGGACAAGAGUGUUUGUCUACCUUGGAUGGGAAUGGCGCAUGAGCUGGUUGGAGGUGGUGCAUAUGUAGAAUCAUUGAACAUACAGAAUAUGUAGAGGCAGUUUGUUUGAGGUUUGCUUUAAUUCUAGAUAGAAAACUCUUAUCCCGACUGAUUAUGUUCUGAUUGAAACCUUUAAAAGAUGAAGCCUACAGGUUUUCUGAGGAUAUGUGGUAACCAAGAGUGGAGUUUCCUUUUAUUCAGAUAUUCCUCCAUUAGAGGUUGACUGAAAAGCAAGGGUAUGGGCUCGGGCCUAAGAGUUCAUGUCAUGAAGGGCUGAAUGAAAAAAAAUGCCCCUGCAGUUGGUGUAUAUUUAUUCUACUUUGUAAAAUAUUGUGGCAUAUUUCUAUCCAUAUCUCACAAAUUAUGUGAUUCUGUGGCAAA